UCUGUUUGGUGUGUUAGGAGCAAUCCUAGAAUGUUAGUCCCGGCUUGUAAACCGCUCUCAGCAUGACAGUCCUUGUCUGUAUUUAGUGAAAAAUGAUCUGCUGCCUCUGCUUCCUGGUUUUUCCACCUCUGCUACCCUUGCAAACCACACCCUGCUCCAGCUUCUCGUCUUCCACGUCAGAUGGCAAGAGCAAGGUAUGUGAUGGAGGGCUUGGGUGGGGUGACUACAAGACUGGCAUCAACCUUUGUUGGAAUACGAGACAGGGAUUGAAGCAGCUAAGAAGCAUUGGCAGUAACGAGGGUAAGGGUUCAAAAGGUCGAAAGCUUUCAUGGGGAUAGGAACCAUGAAACUUGCUUAGGGGUAGUGAUGAUAAUGUUGGCGAGUGAGCGUUGGCGAGUGAAUGUCGGGUCGCGUAGGCAUGAGGAGAUGCAUGUUCUGACUUAAGGAGGAGGGUCGUUCAAUUGUGCUCAUACAUUUUGUUGACUACAUCACUCUAAAUCAUAGCCUGUUUUUGUGCUAGUGACACUGGAAUGCAUAGGUUCCU